AUGGAAAAAGAUGAGGGAAGAAACUUCUUGACCUCUCUUCUCAACAAGAACCUGCGCAUCCUCACCACUGAUGGGCGCAUGUUUCUAGGCCAGUUCAAGUGCACAGAUCCAGACCGAAAUGUCGUCUUAGCACAUACCUACGAGUACCGCCAGCCGUCGGCGCUGCAGCGAGCUGAAGCAGCCCAGAAGGCGGCGGAAGGAACAGGCACCGUGACGAUGGACAUGACAUCCCGAUACCUAGGUUUGGUAGUUGUGCCGGGACAGUACAUUGUCAAGAUCGAGGUGGAAGAGUUUGCGAGCCAAAUCAAGGGUCAGAAUCCAUACGCAGAUAUUGUCGUCUAG